UUGAAACUAAAACUGGAUCAUCAUCUGAUUCAUCUCUAUCAUCUUCUUCUCCUACCUCCAUACCCUGACUCUGCAUUUUCAAGGUUAUGUCAUUGCAUAAUUGAAUCUCAUAGUUAGUUGCAAACUUGCAAUAACUUGGAAAUUGGAUCAUAGGAGAAGGAUAAGGGAAGCGAUUGUACUUGCAUAAAUAGUUGGAAGUCAGGAAUCAGGAUCAAAUUCCUACCAGUAGUCUAUCUGUAUGGCAACUACCAAGAUAUACAUAGUGUACUACUCUUUACAUGGACAUGUGGAGACUAUGGCACGAGAAGUACAGCGAGGAGUUAAUGCAGUGGAAGGUGUUGAAGGAACACUUUGGCAGAAUGGAGCAGGUGCCUGAGACACUUCCUGAUGUAAUAUUGCAAAAGAUGAAGGCCCCUCCUAAGGCAAAUGAUGUGCCAGAGAUAAGGCCAGAACAACUUGUGGAAGCUGAUGGUUUUCUCUUUGGAUUUCCAUCGCGUUUUGGUGUGAUGUCAGCUCAAUGCAAGGCCUUCUUUGAUGCCAGUCAUGAAAUAUGGGAAACACAAGCACUUGCCGGCAAACCUGCUGGAAUCUUCUGGAGUACUGGAUUUCAUGGGGGAGGCCAGGAGCUUACUGCAUUAACAGCAGUAACACAGUUGGCACAUCAUGGCAUGAUAUUUAUCCCUCUUGGGUACACAUUUGGAAAGGGCAUGUAUGAAAUGAACGAGGUGAAGGGUGGCUCUUCUUAUGGUGCUGGAACAUUUGCAGCAGAUGGAUCUCGUCAACCAACAGAGCUGGAACUACAACAAGCCUUUUACCAGGGUAAAUACGUGGCUGGAAUUGCAAAGAAGCUUAACAAUUAAGGUCUUUCGGUUUCAGUUUCACCAUCACAUAAACAACUUUAAGCAGUUGUAUACUCAUAUACUCACUGUCAAAAGAAUUAUCAACUAUAAACUGAUACAUCGUAGUUCGGUCCAGUAUUUUCGGUUUA